UGUGUGCGUGUGUGCGUGUCUGUGUGCGUGUGUAGGAGAGGCACGAUGUUUUCGCAGCCCUCACUCUCAGGUUACAAGUUAAACACCGUGAGCUCUGACAAAGGGAAAGGGGCAGGAUGAAAACAAAGCUCCGAUGUAAUGAGCGAACCCCUGCAGUCCGACCCAGGCGCCCAGUCCUCCCAGUCCUCCCAGUCCUCCCAGUCCUCCCGUCGCCCCCACCAUGGACGUGGUGUUCUCGUCCGAGCAGGUGGCCUGCAUGUGCGAGGUGCUGCUGCAGGCCGGGAGCAUGGACCGCCUCACCUCCUUCCUGCACAGCCUGGCGCCGUCGUCGGCGGCGCUGGAGAGCGUGCUGAAGGCGCGCGCCGUGGUGGCCUUCCACCAGGGCCGCUACGCCGACCUCUACGGCCUGCUGGAGGCCCGCCCCUUCUCGCCGCGCUGCCACGCCCCGCUGCAGCAGCUGUGGCUGCGGGCGCACUACGCCGAGGCCGAGAGGCAGCGCGGGCGCCCGCUCGGCGCCGUCGGGAAGUACCGCAUCAGGAGGAAGUUCCCCCUGCCCGCCACCAUCUGGGACGGGGAGCAGACCAGCUACUGCUUCAAGGAGAAGUCGCGCCACGUGCUGCGGGAGUGGUACCACUACAAGGCGUACCCCUCGACCCACGAGAAGCGGGAGCUGGCCACGGCCACGGGGCUGACCGUCACGCAGGUCAGCAACUGGUUCAAGAACCGCCGGCAGAGAGACCGCAGCGCCAGCGGGCCAGACAGUUUUUACACACUUUGCCCGAACGGAGGCUUGGAGGGAAGUCUAUCGGACGUCUGACCCCUCCUCUCCCCCUCCUCCUCCUGCCCCUCCUCCUCCUCCUGCCCCUCCUCCUCCCCCUCCC